GCUGGCUGCUCACUCGUGGGGUGUGUGGGGGGGUGCUCCCGAGUGGAGCCUCGCUGGCCAGCAGGGAGGGAGAAGAGCUGCUUUGAAACCCAGGAAAUUUGCAGGAUAUCUACAAUCCGGGAUAGCAGCGGGAAACGGAUUGAAAUAAGGGGGUUUCCUGUGAAAAACGGGAGGGUUGACAGCUAUGAUUUAAGGACAUUUCUUUCUGCACCCUGGCAAAUAGGCUUUUUAUUAAAAGUUGCGUGUUCGCGGCAGUUAGGUUGGCCCAUGAAGUCCCCUCGCCGCUCCAUUAUUGCGAUAGCAUGCAAAAUUCAAAUCUUCCAAAAUCUUCCACUUGAUCUUGGAUACAGGGUGUGCCUGACGUUUAUUGUUUAAUCAAGUGCUUCCAUAUCCUAGCAGGUGACUGAUUACCAGUAACAGAUGAAGCUCUAUAGCAGAGCUAUGCACUUUGUCUCCUGAGUCCAUUUGGUCUGAAAUGCAUAGGGCUGGCAGUGUUUGCACAGCAGCAGCCUGGCCCUUGUGUGCAGAAAUGUAGCAAAGGAAGCUUUUCAGGCAAAGCUGUGCAAUGAAUAUGCCAGAGUGCUGUCAGAGGCACUGCAGUAGAGCCAGGUUUUGUUUUGUUUUUAAAGGGGAGGGGAGCCCACAUUGCUUUCGUGAAAGUGUUAUGUGCAGAGAGGGUGGGUUGCGAGCAGCUGUGUUCCCGCACCCACGCCCCUGUGAGCGAUAAGCGCAAAUCUUGGGCGUUUGGGAGCAAAGUUCAGCAUUGGAUUUCUGACAAGCGCAGGCUAGUGGCUGGGUCUAGAUCAAGCCAGAAGCUCCACAACUUGACAGCAGAGAGUGACAGCUUGGACCACUGGAUUGCUGUCUCCUAACUCUAGCAGAGACAUCUGGGUGCUGGUGGGGGGAGGGGGGCAAGCAGGAAAGACGGCUGAACAGCAGACUUUUGGGUCCUUUUCCCAGCUAUAGUAUUGUGGAGGGCUGGGACCCAAGUUUCUUGAAGCUCCUUGGAUUGACCUGCCUUCGCCAUGGCUUCCUACACACACUUUGAGGACCUUGUGAUGGAUUUCUCCUGUCCUGUAUGCCUGGAGUGGUUCUGGGAGCCGGUUGCCCUCCCUUGCGGCCACCUCUACUGUCAGGCCUGCAUCGAGGCAGCGUGGGGAGCCCCUGGCAGCAAGCUCAUCUGUCCUCAGUGCCGGGAGCAGUUCCCAGAGAGGAGGAGGAGCUCUCUUUGGCUAUUUCGCGGAUGGAAUCUAACCUGACCAAACUUCUCCUGCUUACGAGGGAGGAAGAAGAGAAGCUCCAGAACCAUCAGGCAGUUUUGCUGAGCCUGGAUGACCACAUCUCCACCGAAUACAAGCACCUGCAUCGCUUCCUCUAUGCUCACGAGAAAGCAUGCAAGGCAAGGCUGGAGGAGGAAGGGGCACAUGUUCUUCGGGAGAUGGAGGAGAGAUUGAGAGAGUUGAAGGAGUCUUGCCAGCUGGGCCAGGAGCUGCUGUUGGAAGCCGAGGGCCACCUGCAGCUACAAGACUCUGCAAGCUUCCUAGCGGGAAUACAUUCUCUCCUGAACAGGUUGAAGCAACAACAAGCCACACCAACGUUUCCUCUCCUGCCCCCCAUGCUGCAGACCCUUGGGCAGUUCAAGGGGCCUCUACAGUGUGCCGCUUGGAGGGAAAUGAAAUCUGCACUCGGCAUAGACUUCCCCCGGAUAACCCUGGACCCUGAAACAGCACAUCCGUGUCUUGUCCUAUCAGAUGACUACACUUGUGUCCGGGACGGUCACCUGCGGCAGGAAGUCCUGGACACUCCCAUGCGGUUCAACUACUGUGUAGCCGUGUUGGGUUGCCAGAGUUUCUCCUCGGGGAAGCACUAUUGGGAAGUGGAAGUUGGCAGCAAGCUCUCUUGGACCUUAGGCCUGGUUAGCGUUUCUAUCAACCGCAAAGGGAAAAUCGCUGCCUCCCCUGGUAGUGGAUACUGGGUAAUCCGGCUGCGAAAUGGUGUGGAGCUAAUGGCCAAGGACGACCCCCCUCAAAGACUGUGCCCCACAUCCUUCCCCAAGAGAGUUGGGGUUUAUCUGGACUAUAAUGGGGGCCUGGUGUCUUUCUGUGAUGCUUCUACCAUGGCCCACCUUUACACUUUUGCGAGUUCUAGGUUCAAAGGGAGGUUGUUCCCCUAUUUUUGCCCUGGGCUGUACAAUUCAGGGAAAAAUGCAACCCCCUUAAAAAUAUGCCACCUUCCACUAUGGUAGAGGAAAAAGAACAUCUCCUGUUCUGUUUUUCCUUUCUCAACUAAUGCCUGCUUCUGCAAGGACAAUGCCCUGGACAUAUCAUAAGCGGAAAUAUUAUCGUACAGAUAAUAUUUUUGUAUUUAUUUUAAAGGGGAAACUCCUCCUAAGGCAAUUAAAGUGCACACAGUGCAACAACAAUAAGACCAACACGGCUACCUACCUGUAACCAACAAUAAAAUAAUAAUUAAAAGCCAAAACCCCAAAAUAAACCCCCAAACACCCAGCCCACAACAUGCCACAGCUAUAAGACCAUAAGCAACUCGAGAAGAAGCAGACAAGAACAGCUGGAUCUACAAGGCAUUCCUAGAGAAUCUAAUUCAGUGAAAACAGCAGUGUUUCUUAUUUAUUCAUCCGCAGAAAAGGGUAAGCCCCUGGAGAUUGCUGCUAUGUUUAAAGAGCUACACGGGAAAACCCAUAUACUGUAUGCAAAGACUGCACUAGAACAGAGGUUCGUCCCCCAGCUAUCAAUGCAGUUGGUAGUGGGGACUGUCACGAAGUCCAUUUGAAAGAGGCACAAGAAUAAAGUCUGGAUUGGGAUCACAGAGGAGAAGGCAUCUUCCCCCCGAACUGCGCCUGCCACCUCUAAGGAGCAACAUGAUUUUAAAACGGUACUUCUCAGACUUCAUGAACUUGGGAUUCGAACCCCAAUACCCAACCCAUCUCUUAGCAAGGAAGCACAUACAGUAGAAGCCUUAGCAAAGGCAGUAUAGAUGCAUGGCAUCUGCUCUUUGUGUAGAGAUGUGUGGGUUGAGGCAAUAACCAAACACACUGGCAUUAGGAAAGGACCAGAACAGGCAAGCUUGGCUCUGGGUGUGUAUCAUCCCAGGCAAUUUGCCUUCCAGUGGCCUCUUCUAGGAAACUUAACCAGUUGUUGGGGUUCUUGGGCCCCAGCAGCUGCUGAGGGAUUCCAUGAACUGGGAUUUUAAGCCACAGUGUAUUCUAAGUACUUAAUAAAUAAACUUUUGCUCUAUGUAAAAGUGUCUUAGGACUGAAAUCCUGUUUUGAGGCAUGUGGAGAUACAAGUGUGUUAUGAUAGUUGGUCCGGGGAUCAGAUAGAGCAGGGGUGGCCAACUCCCAAGAGACUGCAAUCUAUUCACAGAGUUAAAGACUGGAAAUGAUCUAUCCCCCCUUUGGGGGUUCAGGUCAAAGUUUUUGAGCUUUUUUUUUAGGUAGUAAAGCCCUGUUAUGUGGGGUUCAGGUCAAAUUGUUGAACUUCUUUUAGGGAGGAGGGAAGGCCCAUUUUUUUGGAGGGGGGUGAAGGGCCAAAACGUUGAGCUUUUUUAGGGGAGCCAGAGUUGUUCAGCUUCUUAGGGGGGAGCCACUGAUCUACCAGUGAUCUACCGCAGACCUCCAGUGAUCUACCAGUAGAUCACGAUCUACCUGUUGGACGUGCCUGAGAUAGGGCAUAUUCACUCGUGUUUUGCAAAUGGCACCCCAACUGCAUUUCCCUUUUUGUGCAAGAUGACUGCAAAUUUCCCUGGGUAGAUCAAAUGCUUUUUUUCUGGGGGGACUCAGGGGGAUGCAUACCCCUAAACAUUUUGUGAAUCUUUGUGCUUUUGUCCAUUUACUGUAAUUAUUUCCCCCAAAUUGAACCAAAAAUAUGGUGAUUUUCUUGAGUCAAAAUAAGUGUACCCCUAAACAUUUUUUUAAAAGAAAAAAGGCACUGGGUAGUUCCAUCUGUAACAUCUCUUGCCACAGCAUCCUUUGGAUGAGAGAGCACUGGAGACUUAGGAUGCCACAGUAUUUUUGCUUCAAUAUAUGAGCCAAGCUUAUAGGAAGAAAGGCAUCUUCAGCAGAAUGCUGGUCUCCAGAGUACACCUAGGGCAGCUGUAGGAAGGCUGCCAUCUCAGUUCCAGCAAUAAAAUACCUUCAACUCUCUGUCUCUCCUUCUGUCCCUUCUAACUGCUGUCUUUCACAAAUACAUGUCUGCCAAGAAAGUGAAUUGCUCAGUAUGCAGUCUGAGCUCCCUUCCAGAUGUUGUUUUUAAUUGAGUGAUUGUCAUGAUUUGUGCUCAAUAUGUUGUUGGUUAUGCAUGACCACGCUUUUAAUACCAUUUGUGCCUGCAGGUUUUGGGCCGGUCCUACUGCUUAGUUUAAAAUAUUAUAUUUCUUCAUACCACAAAUGUUUUGGGGUGUUGUGUGUGUCCUACUAUAAUGCAAGAGUGUCUCUCCAGAUGGCAAUAAUGUCACAUGGAGGAAGCGUUGCAGAACAGCUAAUAACAUGGAAUGAUUUAGAGAGGGUGAAGUAUAAAUUCACCACUAAUCCACUGUGAUUGCGGUUGUGACUUAUGCCCCAUCUGCACAAUACAUUUAAAGUGGUACCAUACCACUUUAAAUAGUUCUAGCUUAAGAAUCCUGGAAACUCAUAGAAUCAUAGAGUUGGAAGAGACCACAAGGGCCAUCCAGUCCGACCCCCUGCCAAGCAGGAAACACCAUCAAAGCAUUCUUGACAUAUGCCUGUCAAGCCUCUGCUUAAAGACCUCCAAAGAAAGAGACUCCACCACACUCCUUGGUAGCAAAUUCCACUG